UCAAGAGACAACCAGCAUCCUGCCGCGGAAAGGUUUCCGGGGUCAUUGCGACCCAGCCCAUUGGGCAACUCUAUCUCCGGCUCCUGAGUCCAAGACGUUGCCUCCUGCGAACCUGACUCCGGCUCCUGAGACCAAGGCGCUGUCUCCUACGGCCUCGGCUCCGAGUACUCCGGCUCUUGUGACUCCGACUCCUGCUCUUGUGGACCCGACUCCUGUUCCUGUAUCCAAGACGAAGGAUCGCAUCGUGAUCACAAAGAUAGAAACUCUACCACCUGGGAAACGUCUCCUACAGAACAAAUCCAGGACUAAGUGGAGAUUUACCCCGAUUGCCAAGUGGGGUCAUACUGACCCAGCAACAUUACAAUCGGUGGAAUUAAGAUCGUCAUCUAUACCGAGACCGACUCCAGUCCUACCGAGCCCUACACCAGCUCCUGUUCCUGAGGCUACAUCGAGUGAUCCGAACUUGUCCUCCAAGGUAGAAACCUUUCUCAUACCCAUCACAGUUCCGGCUCCCGAAGACGUAUCGGCUCCUGAGAUCCAGGCGAAGGACGUUAUCCCGAUCUCCAGGAUAGAAACCUUUUUACCGUGGAAGCUCUAUCCAAUUGAUCUUCCACCAAGAGCUCCACGUGUCCGACGCCCUCUUCAUCCCAUUGAUCCAGAGAACUCUGUGGCGACACAAACCGACCAUAUCUUCAAGACGCCUAUACGACCACGAUUCCUGAAGACCCGACUGAGUCCUAUUCCAUCCACUCCAAUAGGCAAGCCUAGGACUCCCGGACGGAACCUGGUGGUCCCGCUAGAGAAUAUCUUCAAGAAGAAGUCAAUCAUAAAACAAUUAUUCAAAAAACCAUAA